GUCGGGGCGUGGUGGUGGCUGGGGUGGGGGGCCGGCGUCUCCGGGGUAGAUGCCGGGGUGGGAGCGCCAGGAGCCCCGGCCCCGCCGCCAUCCCUGCGGCCCAGCCCCUGAGGGGGCGGCGCCCGUCGCCUCCCCGGCUCGCUGCUCCCGGAGGAGGCGUCUCCUCCUGCCCUGAGGGUCCUGGCUGCCGGGGCCGCCUUCCCAGCUCCUGCGCAAGGCCUGCCCUCGGGACACCCUCGCCCCGGCGCGGGACGCACAGGCUCCCAAUUCCUCACUGGACACUAUUCUACCACGCUGAUGGCAUUUUAACUAUAGUUGUCAAUUUUCCCAAAUUUUAACUGAAGAAAACCCUAAGAAAUUUAUACUUGAGGACAAAAGUGUAACUCCACCAAUUAACAGGCUGACAGAAUGAAUCUGGAAAAACUCAGCAAGCCUGAACUCCUGACACUAUUCAGUAUUCUUGAAGGAGAGCUUGAAGCAAGGGACCUUGUGAUAGAAGCUUUAAAGGCCCAACACAGAGACACUUUCAUUGAAGAACGUUAUGGAAAAUAUAACAUCAGCGAUCCUUUAAUGGCUCUGCAGAGAGAUUUUGAAACACUGAAGGAGAAGAAUGAUGGGGAGAAGCAGCCCGUCUGCACAAACCCACUGUCCAUCCUCAAGAUGGUGAUAAAGCAGUGCAAGAACAUGCAGGAGCGCAUGUUGUCCCAGCUGGCUGCUGCCGAGAGCAGACACCGAAAGGUAGGGCCACCCCGGGGGUGGGGCAAGGCUGACACCCGCCGGCCGCUGCCAGCUUCCUCUUUCUGGGUAUGAAAAAGACUCUGGGCUUAUGUAGGAGCUAGAAGAUACAAAACACAAGUCAUUGCAAGUGUUAAAUGGAGGGAGUGUGCCAGACACAUUCUUUAAGAUGACUUUUCUUCUUGAUAUGUCACUCCAGUGCACCUAAUAUAUUUUCUCAGCCCCUUGAUCUUCCAAACUGGGGCUUGGCCAAACUUGUAGCUGAACAGAAUGUUCUCUGUUUGCUUACUUAAGUGAUAAAUAGAAAGAUUCACAGGUAUUUGGGGAAUGCUGUAUCCCAGAGAAAGAAAGAAUUUACCUGAAUAUAAACACACAAGCCAAAUAGAUUAUUUUCAUUUAUUCCUGAUUUGGGGUUUCAUUGCAUUUUACUACUCAUGAAGUCAUAACAGUCCCUAGGGUUGUUUACCUGAAAACUGUUCUACUGCAUUGGGAAGCCGUGUGUGUGUGUUUCCAUGUCUGAGGAAAGUAAACUUGUGUUCCCCCCUGCCUGGACUUAAUGGAAUUCUAGUGCUUAUGAUGGUAUUUCCUAGCUUGUCAUUUAGAGCUCAGGUUUGACCUGCGAAAGAGGCUUGGCUGGAAUCUGCCCUUUUCAAAACCAUUAGUUUAAAUAUAUCAGCGCAUUUCAUUAAGAAACAUUUGGAAACUUGAGUUAGCAGCUGCAAAAUAUGGUGGGCUGUAGUUUACUUUUGUGGUUACCUACAUUGGAGCCACCUGCUGAAGUCACAACAAUUUGUCCGUGACUCUUCCUGUCAGAGGCCAAAGGAAAGGCUGUUAACCAUGGAUGGCCUUUAGACAUUCCACAGUCAUGAACUGUCAAAGGACUAUGCAUUUUUCAGUGGCUUUAAUCAGAUUCUCAAUUUUUCCCAAGGACCCAAAGAAAGUUUAUGCUGCAAUUUAAAAGAGAUCAACACAUUAGAGUUGUUGUCUAAAUUUUGUGACCUUUUCUACAAUCCUCUAAGAAAAUCCGCACAAUAUCCUUAUUCUGUCGGCAGGCUUUAUUUCCACUUUAUGUAAGAGAUAACUGAGUUAUGCGCAGGGGGCUGGCUAGUUGUCAGGGCGGUGGAACAUGCAGUAUUGGGAAGAUUUGUAGCACUAGGCGAUUUGGGAGAGGAAGUUAAAAAUAAUUCACAAUUCCUUGACACCAUAUUUUAAUGUGAAACAUUCCUAGUGUUAAAUUCUUGAGCAAGGACUGGUCUGCUCUUUUCAUAAGUGUUCUAUCAAAAUAGGUUACCAACUUCACUAGAUGUCAGAUAGCACCUACAGGCAUAACUAUGUUGCCCAUGGUUCCAUUUUUCUCCAAGGGAAUCCCCAGUUUAGAACUUUUGCUUUCAUUCAGGUACUAACCCUUUUGACUCAGAAUUGUUCUGAGUUUAAUUUUUUUUUUUCAUUUUUUAUUUGAGUGGCAGAGAGAGAGAAAAAAAUAGAGAGCUCUUCCGUCAGCU